UUAUUUCUCCUCCCACUUAACAGUUAAAACUCUCACACGUUUGUGUGAAUCUUCUCACGGCAGAAAAAUUAACUUUUAUAAUUUCUAUUUCAAGAAACUUUGAAAGUAGCCAAAAGCCGUCCUGUGGUCCUCCCCCGGCGACUCAACACUCCACCGGCCAACUGGAACAGUUAGAGUUCUCUAAACGCCUCACAUCGCUGCCCAUAACCAUGGCGACCUAUGAUCUGCCAUGGCAACAUGUUGUUUCUUGUUUCACACCUUCUGAGUUCAGGUGAUCAUCACACUUGGGUCAACCGUCGCUCCAGCUCCAGUCAAUAGUCGUAGAACCUUCAUCCUGCGCCGAUGAGAUUGAGCGACAUGAUGACGGUCGUCGUUGCUGCUCUGGCCUUGUUGCUGGUAAAGUUGCCGCUCGGCCGCUCCUCUUGUGACGGCGAGGGGACGGUUCUGAUCUGCAGGAGCAUCCCAGCAUACUUCCGCGCCGGUCAUCUGACCCUGGUGAUGUACGUGCGUGACGUCGGCGACAUCAACUCCAGCGCGUUCCACAGCGACAGCCUCGCCUCCGUGACCCGGCUGCGGAUGGACGACGCCGGCGUCACGUCCGUCGCCUCGGGCGCCUUCGGAACCCUCCGGAGCCUCGCGAGUGUCAGCCUGCGGGGCAACGCGCUGACGCGGGCGAGCUGGACGUGGUUCGGCCGGCCCGCCGCCCUGCGCGACCUCAGCCUCGCGGAGAACCGGCUGGAGGCCGUGCACGCGUCCACGUUCAGCGGCCUCACCAGCCUGGAGAGGCUCAGUCUGGGGCGGAACCGAAUCCGCACCCUCGGGCCGGACAGCUUUGGCGCACAGGCCAACUUGGCAGAGUUGGACCUGUCCGAGAAUAGGCUCACUCGGCUCUCGCCGCAGGUCCUCGGGGCCCUCGGGGCCACCAGGGUCACACUGGGUCGGAACCCCUGGGACUGCGCCUGCGCAGCAGAAGACUCGGUUUCCUUCCUCAAGGAUCUACAGAGCAGAUCUCUGCUGCUCAGACCGACGGAGGUGACCUGUGACAGUCCUCCUUCCCUGAGGGGUCGACCGGCGUGGGACGUGUCGCCGUGCGCGCCGGCGCCUUCGCCGGGGUCAACGUCACCGCCACAAACUGACCAAUGGAAACCCACCGAUUCUCCCGCCACAGGCCCCGCUACCUCCUCCGCUGCAGCUCGACCAACGUCAGACACGACUCCUGUCCUCACGACGCUCCCUGAACACACCGCAACACGUGUGACUUCACCACCAUCAGACACGCGAACCUCUGGUCCGUCACACGCUGGACUGACCGAAACUUGUGUGACCUCAGUGCCGCCGUCGGACACGAGUACUGUCUGCGCGCUCACCGUUGUGAUAGUGGUCCUGUGCGUGCUGCUGUGCGCGGCGUGUUUCCUGGCGGUGAAGCGCAGGAGGAAACGCACACACGCCAAAGCCGUGGCGCCCGGACGUCCACACGAAGAGAGAAGCCAGUCGGAGGCCAGCCGUGGACCGAGUGCCCUCGGAGCGUCCCGGGGAACGAUCGUCAGAGACCCAGAGACGGUUUGGACGAGGCCUUUCAGUGAAGUCCGAGCUAAGUCGGCCAACGCCGUCCUCUUCAUUUCUCCCUUUUGUGUGUCCGGGAAUCAAGUGACUGUAGAAAACGAGACGGAGGAUCAGUCGGAGGUCACAGAAAAGCAAGCAGACGGAAAGAAGGAAGUGGAAAAUGAAACGGGAGAGAUUCAGGCAAUAAACAUCACAGAUAAAAAUCAGAAGGAGUCAGAUGACGGCAGGAAGAUGGAUGAAAACCCCCACUGUGCUUCCGUCGGCGUCGACACUGUUCCCUAUCUGAGCAUCGGCGCCAACCAGAACAAACCGAACCCCGAUCGUCUCGACGAACAGCCCACUGACGGCGUGGGUCAAAGGUCACACGUGGGGAAAGUCCUGGGGAGGAUCUCCACCUGGCCUCCGACUGCGGUCCAGUGGCAGGCGAGAUGCCAAAUGACGGAGGAAGACGAGGAGGAGAGAGAAACUGGGAAGUCGCCGAGUGAAGUGAACCAGGUGGAGCGUCCCUCUGCGUCUGACCGCGACAAGACGGGAGAUCUAGUAAACCAGGAGCCCCCGAAAAUGAACGAAGCCCUCAUGGAAUCCACACACAGUCGGCCCUCAAACCUGAAUUACCAGGGCGCCUCUCUCAGCCAGGCUCAGGCCUCCGCUGACGCAAAGCAGGAGGACCAGUCCGCAGUGAGACGGACGACUCGUGGAACCCCGGGUCAAGGCCCCGGACGUCCUGCACACGGGGACGCGAGUGAGAGCGGCGGCGGCAAGGCAGAGGAGAGAAAUGGCCGCCGGCCGUCAGCGACGAGCAGACAACGGGGUUCAGCGAAGAGAAGCGCCGGCUCAAAGGCGGCUCCCUCCGGCGGAGCGUCGCCGGACGACGCGACGCUGCUGCGCGGCAACGAGUACGCCUUCAUGGACCUGCUGCACGAGGUGGUGCAGCACCACGGGCGCUGGACGCGACAGAGGUGGAGGCAGAGUCACGUCAACAAGCCGCGGCGUUAGGGGGGCGGGCGGAGUUUGGCUGCACGCGUGGCGUCACGUAAAGUUCAGAGGUUUUAUUCUGGCACUCUUAAAGGAUUUAAAUCAGCUGUGUGGCUGACAUUUGGGAGAUGGUGUCUUUUUUUCAUUUUCGCCGAAUUUCCCAGGGAAUAAUGUUUAAUGAAAAACAGUCCGGCAUAUUUAGGGGGCUGAUAUCUGUCAGUGUGUGCAGCUUGGUAGUUAAGUCCUUGUACUUGAGUAUUAAUAUUGUAUAUUGCCACUUCACUGUAUUUCAGUGAGAGCCGACCACGACAACACCUGAGCUCACGGAACAGUGAGGCCACAACUUCUUUUUACUUUUAAUUUAGAUUUUUUUUAAAAAGAUACAACUCCGAAAUGAAUCAGCGUUACAGACAUCAGUUUCCUGUAUUACCGUCUUAUGCUAAGCUACUGUAACUGGAUGCUGUAUUUGUACAGUAUACAAAUAGUAUACUGUACAAAUAUAGUCAGAAAAACUUCUGAUUCGACUCUGGCCAAGAAAGCCAAUUAGCUAAUUCCCCACAAAAAUGUCAAACUAUUCCUUUAAGGCAGCUGCGAGUAAACGCACCCCCUGCUGUUAAAGUUGCACAUCAACUCGUGUUCAAGAUUAUUCCUCACACUGAAGAUCUGAGACUAAAUAAAAAACAACAACACACACUUUCA